CAUCUUUCCGUCUUCGUUGCUCUCUUCCUUACCAACUAACCAACCAGCAACCAGCAACCAACUCAAAACGAAUUCAUCAUGUGCAAAAACCAAAAUAUAUCUGCUACAGGCAGAUGUGGGAAGAAAGCAAAGCAAGACGGCAGUGCACGGCACGGCACGGCACGGCACGGAUUAGCAGCUUCGCUUACGGGUACCUGCUUUCAACUUCUGACGCUUGCUCUUCCCAACUCCUCCCUCCAAAAUCCACAUAAGCCGACACGGCUGAGCUGGGUUGGAAUCCGCGACCGGGGGCGCUACCGUGCCACUAUGUACUCCGUCACCUGUGCGGAGCUGUGGUUUUUGGGUGUUUGGCGUUAUGGUCAGUAUCUGACAACAACACCUUGGAAACAUUGCCAGCUGUGCAGCGCACCUUGACGCCUUUACGAGACGAAUUUCCUAUCAGAUGGCGCCAUGAGAACGUCAAGUGGGGAGGCUUGGGGUUCUGGUGGAUCAGCCCUACAGCACGGCUGAUGCGUCUUUUCUUGGCCAGCGUCAAUUCCGACCAACCAUCAAAAAACUUCGGGGCAGUGAGAGGAGGGCAUCUGACGUCCCAACGGGGAUAAUCUGUUGACUCUCUAGCCAACUUGGGGCUUGGUUUUCAUCAAUCAUCACCGUUGUUGGUCCCGUAAGACGGGCGGGAACCGGAAGGCAACCAAUUGGGCGCCAAGUUGCCGAAACAAGCCCAACUUGGCCUCGGUCAGAUCCCGGUUCUUAAAUACCUAUGUACCCUGUCGACACCGGCCUGACUUGCUAGAACUGGAUAUCGCCGGACUGGAGUUGACUCGAAGUUGGUGUAACCAUUAAAAGGCUGUGCUAGUUUCACAGAAUUCCCUUCUUAUAUGGCCCCUUUAGUCCUCACUGACGAUGCCAACUCUUCUCGUCUUAUCUGGCUUCACCAUCGUGGCCAUAUUUGCCUCGCUCGCAUUCAUGGCGUCCAAAUGGCGAAAGGCGGAGACGCCUAGCCCCAACAACACAAAGUUCUUUGGCUCUCAGAUCGGGGAGCAGUCGGUCAUCAACUACAGCUAUACGGAUCGACCGUUGAAGUUGAUGGCCUUUGAUAUCUACUAUUUCUUCAAGUUCAUCUGGGCUCUUCCCUACGUCUUGAUCCCCUUAUCACCCUCGGAUUCAGGAGACUUGGACGAGCUAUCUAUUACGCGCGGAAACCUGCUCUGUGUUGGUCUUCACGCAAUCCUCGUUGUGUUGCAGCUUGGGUUCAUCGUGUCGCUUCCAACACUAAUUCUGUUCCCAGUCUGGACCGCUGCUCUGGCAAUCGGACUGUUUAUGCUCGUCAAUCAUGGGCUUUGUACUUUUCUGAACGGGAAGGACGUCGAAUACCAUUCCGAUCCAAAGUACGCACCAGCUCUUCCUGAGCAUGCCCAUGAACAAUGGAUCUUCAUCAACGGUGUGGCAGUAGGAGAGCAUUGGAUGCAGAGUAACCUUAACCGACUAGCCCUAACAUUCAAGCGCCCCAUCCUCGGGAUACACAACAAAACUGCCGGUAUCCUAUUCGAUGUAAUCGAAUGUCUUGUCCAACGCAACCUCGGCUACGCCACAGCAGACGUGCGUAUCUGCUACCGGAUCAUCAAGGAGAAGCUCUACAACCCACAGUACUCCAAGGUCAUCUUCAUUCUGCAUUCCCAGGGCGCCAUCGAGGGAAGCAUGAUCAUUGACUGGCUUCUUCAAGAGCUCCCACAGAACCUGUUGGCGAAGCUCGAAGUCUACACGUUCGGAAACGCCGCCAACCACUUCAACAACCCGCAUCGAAACAUUCAGUCCCAACGAAGUGCCAUCAACAACCCUCUGGCGGCAUCCACCGACUCCACCAACACGGCAGCGGGAAGUGGAAACACCGAGCAAGCCCAGGCAACCCUGUCCAACAACCAAUGCCAGACCGAACCAUCCCCACAGCAGAGGACCACCACCACGGGUACCACUCCCGCAACCGCGGCCGCACCCGACACCGCCAGCACCACCGCCACCACCAAGGGCGAGGAGUCUUGCUCCUCCUCCUCCUCCUCCUGGGUAGCUCCCAGCAUCCCUUCCCUAACCUCCGAAACCAGCGCCAUCACCCCCUCAGCCGUCUCUGGCCGCGCCAUCGGCCACAUUGAGCACUACGCGCACACGACCGACUUUGUUGCCCUCUGGGGGAUCCUGCACUUCGCCACCUCCAUCCCGGGGCAACACACCAUGCCGCGCUUCAUCGGCCGCGUCUUUGCCCGCACCACCACCCGCGGCGGCCACCAGCUGUGCCAGCAUUACCUGGACGGCAUGUUCCCUCUUGAAAAAGACCCGAAGACGGGCGCCUUUUUGGGAUGCGCGGAAACGGGGAAUGAGUUCAUGGAGAGCGAGAUCACGGUCGGGGAAGCGGGGAGUGAGAUGACGGCUGCCAAGGAGGCGAUGGAGAUUAGUUGGCUUGCUAAUGGGAUUACGAACGGCCUCGUUGGCGGCGGUAGUGAAGGGAAUGGCGAUGAGGCCGUGGGAGGAGGGAUUGCGGUCUACGGUGGUCAUAGUCCGGUGGAACCGCGAAGACGGGUGCGGAGGCGCGAGAGCAAGCCGGCUCAGGUGAAGGUGAAGGAUUUGAGUAGGUUGUGGCAGUACCGGAACGGGAAGAGCCCGAAUGAUACGCCGCCGAUGAGGACUGCGACGGUUUAGUGCGCGGUGAUGGCAGUCCAGGUUAUCUUGGGCCGUUCUCACGGCAGCAGUGACUACCUACCUACCUUGGCUGUAGAAGGUCAUGUUGGGCGGCAGUAGAGCGGAGGUGAGAGUGACAGCGGGGACCUAGUGGAGAUGCGGUGGGAACAAGCUUCAAGGGAACACAUUGACACCGGGCCUCGUCAUUCCGGUGGCAGGUGCUUCACUUCCCAAGACCAUAUGAACCCCGAGUUCAAAGCCUCCAACAAAUCCCAGUGGCCUACGUGAUAGGUAUUCAAGGAGCUAGAAGAUGGGCGUGUAGUUGGUCCCGAGCUCAACACCAGUCGAGCUUUUUGUUUUCCCCCUUUCAUCUAAGUCGGCUUCACGAUCUCCUCCUUUGAGCAGCGUUGAUCGCGUUCAAAUCGUUGCCCUGGGCGUCUACUUCACUGGAUGGUUCGAGGUGAUGGACUUGUUUUACAUGUUAACGGUUGGCGACUUGGCCGGAGGACAAGAUAUGCAUUGUGGGAUGGGUGUCAUGGGUGGACUUUGAGCUGAUUUUGGUAGAAUUCCGUGGAAUAGUUGAUCGUAGAGCUGCCCUUCAAUAGAUAUACCUCUACUAUUUCUGCUGUUGUUAUCAAGCCAU